UCGCUAAAACCGCAGCGGCCUAGCGGCAGCAAGGCCCAAUCUUGGCUUAGAUUUUGGAGCAGCAGCGUGCAGGCCAUCGCCAACUUCUGCUGUCCGGUAGCAGCACCCACGCACAUCUCGGUUCGACUACACGGCACAAUGGUGUGCAGGACGCUUGCGCAAUGCCUCUCGAGGGCUCCCGGCGCGUUCGGGAGCCAGCCACGGACACAAUGCGCGCGAGCCGCACAGCGCAGCCUCCAACUUCCGACAUCACGAUGCAUCUCUACGACCGUAUCGAGGCCCGCCGAAGUCGAGACCCAGACCCAAGAGCCCUUUGUAGCAGCACAGCCAUUCGACUUCGAGGCUAGAGAUGGAAAGGAGGACGAUGGAAACGGCGAUGGAAAGGACAAGAGCGCGGCCCUCCUGCGGAAACUGCGCGUUGUGCCUGCGUCGCCAUCUUACUUCAGCGCGAAGCCUACUUUCACCGACGACUUCCUCUCGCUGUCUGCCCUUCUUCGCACAGUUGCCACCCUGCCCACAAUACCGAAGGCCGAAGCACCCAACGUUGCGUGGAAGACUGUCGACCAGUACCGCAUCAUGACCAAUGAGCCUGUCAAGACCCAGCGCUUCCACAAGAUGAUGCACAUUCUGCGCAGGCUGAACUGCAUCCACCCGCAGCUGAUGCCUCAGGAAGUGGUUGAGGCUAUGCAGCGCUACAAGAAGCCAAACCAGCCCGGCGAUGUCAAACCGGAGCCUGGUGUCAUCGACGAUUUGGGUAGGGCGAAAGGUGUUGGGCGGAGGAAGACAUCCUCUGCGGUGGCAUGGCUCGUGGAAGGAGAGGGUGAGGUGUUGAUCAACGGCCAAUCCCUCACCGAGUACUUUGGGCGCCUGCACGACCGUGAGAGCGCUGUGUGGGCGCUGAAGGCUAGCGGGCGACUCGACAAGUACAACUUGUUCGGGCUAGUGAAAGGUGGUGGAUCGACUGGUCAGGCAGAAGCCAUGACACUGGCUGUGGCGAAAGCGCUGUUGGUGCAUGAGCCAGCGCUGAAACCAGCUCUGCGACGAGCCGGCUGUGUCACUCGUGACCCGAGAAAGGUAGAGAGAAAGAAGCCUGGUCACCUCAAGGCGCGCAAGAUGCCUACCUGGGUCAAGCGUUGAGGUUGCAUCUUCUUGUACAUCAUGUAUAUCUUCGAACUUGUUGGCAUUGUACGGAGUUGAAUGUAAGAUGGAUCAUGUAGAUAGCACGCAUGGCGCACAGCCAGCACACCAGGCAAAGUACUGUAAGAUCAUGUUAAAAAUGUAUGCAGGUUUUGCGCAAGUGGAAAUUGCCCACUGGCGAGAUCACUC